AUGAAGAGUGAAAACUGGGAGAAAGUGAUUCGCACACUAGUAUGCGGCGGCGCACCAGUACGCGGCGGCGCACCAGUACACAGCGGCGCACCAGUACGCGGGGGCACACCAGUACGCGGCGUCGCACCAGUAUGCGGCGGCGAACCAGUACGCGGCGGCGCACCAGUACGCGGCGGUACACCAGUAUGCAGCGGCACAUCAGUACGCGGCGGCGCAUCAGUACGCGGCGGCGCACCAGUACGCGGCGGUAUACCAGUAUGCGGCGGCGCACCAGUACGCGGCGGUACACCAGUACGCGGCGGUACACCAGUAUGCGGCGGCGCACCAGUACGCGGUGGUACAUCAAUAUGCGGCGGCGCACCAGUAUGCGGCGGCGCACCAGAACGCGGCGGCGCACCAGUAUGCGGCGGCGCACCAGUACGCGGCGGCGCACCAGUACGCGGCGGCGCACCAGUCCGCGGUGGCGCACCAGUACGCGGCGGUACACCAGUAUGCGGCGGCGUACCAGUACGCGGUGGUACAUCAAUAUGCGGCGGCGCACCAGUACGCGGUGGUACAUCAAUAUGCGGCGGCGAACCAGUACGCGGCGGCGCACCAGUACGCGGCGGUACACCAGUAUGCAGCGGCACAUCAGUACGCGGCGGCGCAUCAGUACGCGGCGGCGCACCAGUACGCGGCGGUACACCAGUAUGCGGCGGCGCACCAGUACGCGGCGGUACACCAGUAUGCGGCGGCGCACCAGUACGCGGCGGUACACCAGUAUGCGGCGGUGCACCAGUAUGCGGCGGUACACCAGUACGCGGCGGUACACCAGUAUGCGGCGGUACACCAGUACGCGGCGGUACACCAGUAUGCGGCGGUGCACCAGUAUGCGGCGGUACACCAGUACGCGGCGGUACACCAGUAUGCGGCGGUACACCAGUACGCGGUGGUACACCAGUAUGCGGCGGCGCACCAGUACGCGGUGGUACAUCAAUAUGCGGCGGCGCACCAGUAUGCGGCGGCGCACCAGUACGCGGCGGCGCACCAGUAUGCGGCGGCGCACCAGUACGCAGCGGCGCACCAGUACGCGGCGGCGCACCAGUCCGCGGUGGCGCACCAGUACGCGGCGGUACACCAGUACGCGGCGGCGCAUCAGUACGCGGUGGUACAUCAGUAUGCGGCAGCACACCAGUAUGCGGCGGCGCACCAGAACGCGGCGGCGCACCAGAACGCGGCGGCGCACCAGUCCGCGGCGGCGCAUCAGUAUGCGGAGACGCACCGUUUGAAAACCAUUGGUGUGAAGGAAAAGAAGAAACGAGAUAA